AUGGAUAGCAACCACUCGGCGGCGCUAGUUUGGAACGCCACAGAAUACGACCCCACAGUCAGCGUGGAUGCCGACGCCACCAUCCCGACCUAUGGACUUGUGAGUUUCCAAAUCGUUAUUGCCGUCAUCUAUUCCUUGGUCUGCACGGUGGGGCUUCUAGGCAACUUCUUCGUCAUGUACCUGAUCAGGGCGAAGAGAGUCAGCGGUCUCACGGCCAUUGACAUUUUUGUCUUCUGUUUGGCGCUGAGCGAUUUCCAGUUUGCCUUCACGUUGCCCUUCUGGGCUGGGGACGCCAUCAUGGACUUCAGCUGGCGCUUUGGACAUCCCAUGUGCAAAAUUGUCCUCACCAUGACCGUGCUGAGUGUCUACUACAAUGUGUUCCUCCUGACCGCCAUGGCGGUGACGCGAUACUGGCUGGUGGCUUCGGCGUUGAGCCUCACGUGCACCGUGUCCACCACAGCGGCCAAAUGGAUCAGCUUUGCCCUGUGGCUUUUAGCCCUCGCGGCCACCGUACCCACAAUUAUUUUUGCCAGCACAAAACAGAUCCUGGGAGAUGAACUCUGCCUCCUUAAGUUCCCGGAGAAGAAGUGGUUGGCCAUUUACCACGUUCAAAGGUUCAUCAUGGCCUUUGUCAUACCUCUUAUUGUGAUCUCCACGUCCUACAUUUCACUGCUGAACUUCUUGAGGCAGCACAGGGUGAACGCCAACAACCAACAUCGCCAGAGCAAGAUCACCAACUCCAUCCAGCUGGUCAUUAUAGUCUUCUUCGUCUGCUGGUUCCCCAACCACGCCGGCAUUUUUUGGGGCAUCCUCAUGAAGUUUGAAGUGGUCCAUUGGAGCGACGCCUACUACUACUUCCAUACCUACGUCUACCCCAUUACUAUAUGCCUUGCCCACAGCAACAGCUGCCUGAACCCGGUCAUCUACUGCCUGAUGAGGAAGGAAUUUCGGAAGUUGCUCUGGGCGUUGCUUAGGCAACUCAAGGGCAUGGUCAUGGGCAUUCUGCCCUCAGCCAAACGUUCCAACAUGGACCAGGAGACAGAGGUGCCACUCUACCGAAAGUCCAGCCUUCCUCACACCAAUAGCAGGGAAUAUCACGGACCUUCUGUCUCCACCAUCACGAUCCUUCACGACAUGCCGGCCAAGGACCAACGGCAAUGCAACGGAGCAACCCCGAAGCAGGAGACCGCAAUGGACUAUCCCAAUGACUGCGAACUGUGA